AUGAUAUGGGCUUACGUGUCUGAUGAUUUUGAUAUUAAAAGAAUUACUAGAUCAAUCAUAGAAUCUGCAAGUGGGAGCCAAUUUAAUCUCACAGAAAUGGAUUUAAUGAAGAUUAAGCUUAGAAAGUUGAUUGAGAACAAGAGAUUUUUACUCGUGUUGGACGAUGUUUGGAAUGAGAAUUAUGAAAAAUGGGAUAGGCUGAAAACUGUGUUGAUUGGUAGUGCCAGGAGAAGUAAAGUCAUAGUGACUACGCGUAGCGAACGGGUUGCUUCAAUCAUGGGAACAGUCGCACCACACCUUUUAUCGGGUCUAUCAGAUAACGAUUGCUGGCUAUUAUUUGAAAAGAGGGCAUUUGGAUUGUGGAGUUGCGAGAAGACCCCAAACUUGGCAGCCAUUGGGAAGGAGAUGGUAAAAAAAUGUGGACGUGUUCCAUUAGCAGCAAAGGCUUUAGGAAGUUUGAUGCGUUUCGGGAGAGGAGAGAGUCAGUGGUUGGCCAUCAAGGAGAAUGAAAUUUGGAACUUGCCGGAUGAUGAGAAUGAAAUCUUACCCACUUUGAUGCUGAGCUAUAAUCAUCUGCCAUCUCAUCAGAAACAAUGCUUUGCAUAUUGUUCCAUAUUUCCUAAAGGUGCAGAAAUAAGAAGCAAGCAAUUGGUCCAGCUAUGGAUUGCAGAAGGCUUUGUGCAAUCAUCUAAUGGAGGUACAUACUUGGAAGAUGUGGGUUUGCUGUAUGUUGAUGAGUUGUUAUCGAGAUCGCUAUUCCAGAGUGGUCAGGAAGAUGCAGACGGCGUGGUAAUGCAGGUUAAGAUGCAUGACCUGGUUCAUGAUCUUGCUCGAUCUAUUGCAGGUGAUGAAUGCUCGAUUGCAGAUGCUGGUGAUGAGAGAGUAAUUUCCCAAAAUUGUCGGUAUGCAUCACUCAUUUGUAGAGGUCCAAUAAAGACAAUAUUGGAACCUCUCAAAGAUGCACAAAGGAUGCGGACUUUGUAUUUUAUUGCAUCCAGAGGCAGGACGGAGGAAGAAGGUAAGGUAGAUGAUGUUCUUCAAGCUAUAUUCUCCAAAAUGAAGUUGCUACGUGCAUUACAUCUACGCAAAUGUCCCAUGAAAGCCUUACCAGUCUCAGUAGCUAAGCUUAAACUUCUGAGAUACCUCGACCUCUCACAAACUGACAUCGAAACACUACCAUCGUGUAUCGGUGAAGCUACAGAGGCCAGGAAAGCCAACUUGAAGGAGAAACAGGGCAUUCAUUCACUAAGAUUAUCAUGGGAUUUGAAUGCUUACCUGCAGCUAGGCCAACCAUGUGAGGAGAUUGAGAACGAGGAGACAAGUAUGAACGAAUUGGCUGCACAAGAUCGGGAUGCUGAUGCUGACUUGGUAGAGGAGGUGCUCGGAAAUCUCCAGCCACACAAAAAUUUGAGGGUAUCAGAGAUGACAGAACAUGCAGGCAAGUCACUCCCAUGGUGGCUAAAGGAGUCUUCACUUCCAUAUUUGGCCGAGCUAUCUCUGAAAGCUUGCGUUAGAUAUGAGCAUCUAUCUACACUGGAGCAGCUACCCAGCCUUAAGGUCCUCAAAUUAAUCAUGCUUCCUACUGUGAACUGA